AUGGCAUUAAAACAAAAUUACACGAAUAACUUUCAAGAAGAUGGAAUGAAUGGCUGGGCAUACCUUUUUCCAUUGUUUUCAAACACUCUCAGACCAAUCAAACUUGUUGGUGAUGUCUCAUUUUACGGAAGAGAAGCACAUGAUAAUUUCACAGAAGGAUUUAUCUUUACCGCUGAACAUAUCAAACAUCACUUUGAUUCAAUUAGCAGAAACCAUUUUCGAAUUCAAAGAGAAAAAUCAUCAGGAAAUGAAAUUAAUUUAAGCCCAGCUGUUCUCCAUGCAACAGGUAUUGUCAAUUUGGUUCAACUUUUAAACUUUUGA